AUGGCUUGUGACUGGUGGCCGCUCUUUGGGUCGCUGGUGCUGGUCGCAGGCACGCUGGCUUUCCUCUGGUGGCGCCACUACUCCAGGAGGUUCGCCAGAGCCGGGGUCCCGUACACGCCACCGCUGCCCGUGGUGGGGAACACCCUGGACGUUGUGCUCAACAGGAAGGCCAUGGCGGACAUAGUAGUCGACGCGUACAGACGUUUCGAACCGCACCCCUACGCUGGGUUCUACACUUUUGCGAAGUCUCUGGUCUUGUUGAGGGAUCCUGAUCUCAUCAAGUCCGUCACAGUCAAGGACUUUGACCACUUCACUGACCACGUGGACUUUAUGAACACCGACGAGGAUACUCCAGUGCUACUGCGGAUGUUGUUUCUCAUGAAAGGAAAAGAAUGGCACGAAAUGCGGACGACACUAAAUCCUGCGUUCACAUCGAAGAAAAUGAGAAACAUGUUCGUGUUGAUAACAGAUAUAGGGCAGCAGAUGGUAGAUUACAUAACAAAGGAAUGUGACAAAGUCGAAGUUUCUUCUGGAGAAAAACAGGUACUGACACUGGAGAUGAAGGACCUUUUCACACGCGUGACCAAUGAUGUCAUUGCGACGACUGCAUUUGGAGUAAAGGUGGACUCCUUGGCAGAGCCAAACAACACAUUCUACACAAUGGGCCGUGAGCUGACAACCAUCAAACCAGCAGUCGUAAUGGGAUACACGUUAGCUCCGAAGCUUAUGCGGUUAUUAGGUGCAAAGUUCAUUGACGCGAAGAUAGUGGAGUUCUUCAGGACCAUGUUGGCCGAGACUAUUAAAACGCGAGAGCAGCAGGGGAUCGUGCGCCACGACAUGAUCCACCUCAUGAUGCAGGCGCGCCGAGGUGAACUGGCGCCAGAAGAAGGGGAGGCUAACGGCACCACCGACGGCAAAAGAGGACAUCUCACUGACGACGACAUCACGGCGCAGGCGAUCAUAUUCUUCUUCGGCGGCUUCGACACCGUGUCGACACUGCUGACGUUCUGCAGCUACCUGCUGGCCACGCACCAGGACGUGCAGCAGCGGCUGCAGCGGGAGGUGGACGAGCUGAUGCAGAAGAGCGGGGGGCAGCCCAGCUACGAGCAGGUCCUGGGCUGCCAGUACCUCGACAUGGUGCUCUCUGAGACGCUACGCAUGUACACGCCCAUCCCGGCCCUGGACCGCACGUGCGUGCGCCCCUACAGGCUGCCGGCCGCUGGGAGCUGCCCCGGCCUCGAACUGCGGCCCGGAGACGGCGUCUGGAUCCUCGUGCGCGGCAUCCACCACGAUCCCAAGUACUUCCCAGACCCGGAACGUUUCGACCCGGAGCGCUUCAGUCCGGAGAGGAAGCACCUCAUCAAGCCGUUCACCUACUUCCCGUUCGGGUCAGGACCUCGCAUUUGCAUUGCCCAGAGGUUCGCGCUGAUGGAGUCCAAGGCGGUGCUCGUCCAGCUGCUGUCCAGGUUCAGCCUCCAGGCGGUCGCCAGGACGCCGGUGCCGCUCAGACUCCAGCCGGACAGCGCCACGCUCUCCGUCAGGGGCGGCGCCUGGCUCGGGAUUCGAAGCAGGGUCUGA